GGAGAAAUAGAAAAGAGAAAGAGAGAAAAUGGUGGUGAAGGUUUAUGGAGCAGCAAAGGCAGCUUGCCCUCAAAGAGUCUUGGCUUGUCUCAUAGAGAAGGGCGUCCACUUCGAGCUCAUCCAUGUUGAUCUUGAUCACGGAGAACACAAGUCUCCGGACUUUCUUCACCGCCAGCCCUUUGGACAAGUGCCGGUGGUGGAAGAUGGCGAUUUCAAGCUCUAUGAAUCGAGGGCAAUCAUCAGGUACUACGCAGCCAAGUACGGCGACCGUGGUCCCAACCUGCUAGGGCAAAGCUUGGAGGAGAGAGCCAUGGUGGACCAGUGGCUUGAAGUGGAAGCUCACAACUUCAACGACCUGUGCUUCAACCUGGUUCUGCAACUAGUGAUCCUGCCCAGAAUGGGUCAGCCCGGAGACUUGGCCUUGGCUCACAGCUGCGAGCAGAAGCUGGAGAAGGUGAUGGACGUGUACGAGAAGCGGCUGGGCGAGAGCGCCUACCUCGCCGGCGACACCUUCACGCUCGCCGAUCUCAGCCACCUUCCGGGCAUAAGGUAUCUGAUAGAGGAGGCCAAGAUGGGCCAUUUGAUCAGAGAGAGGAAGAACGUGAAUGCGUGGUGGGAUCGUAUUUCUGGCCGACCUGCCUGGAAGAAGCUCAUGGAUUUGGUUCGUUGAUUCAUGUAUCCGCAGGCACAUCGACAUGAUUGUGUCUCUAUUGUGUGUGUCUGUGUCUGUGUGUCUCUAUUGUGU